AUGGCGGAACGUGUUAAGAUCGGACAAGCUGUCAAGGCCCAGGCAAUGCUUGUACGUCAACUAAAAGAAGAAAAGGCUGACAAAGACAAGAUAAGUGAGGAAGUGGCAAGACUCUUACAACUGAAAGCUCAACUUGGAGAUGGUGCUCAGAAAUUCAUUCUCAAAUGUCCUAAGGGCACCAGGGAUUUUGAUCCUAAACAAAUGUCAGUUCGGGAAGGAGUUUUCAAAACCAUAAUUGAUAGUUUUAAGCGUCAUGGUGCAGAGACGAUUGAUACGCCGGUAUUUGAACUAAAAGAGACGUUAACUGGUAAAUAUGGAGAAGACAGUAAGUUGAUCUACGACUUAGCGGAUCAAGGUGGUGAACUACUCUCACUCAGAUAUGAUCUCACUGUUCCAUUUGCUAGAUAUCUUGCUAUGAAAAAGAUUAGUAAUAUUAAAAGAUACCACAUUGCUAAAGUCUACAGAAGAGACAACCCUGCAAUGACCAGAGGAAGAUUCCGAGAGUUUUACCAAUGCGAUUUUGACAUCGCUGGCGCCUAUGAUCCCAUGAUCCCGGAUGUGGAAGUGCUGAAAAUAGUCUCGGAAAUAUUGAGUAAUCUCCAAAUUGGGGAUUUUGAAAUCAAAGUGAAUCACAGAAGGUUUUUAGAUGGAAUGAUGGCUUGUUGUGGUGUUCCAGAAGAUAAAUUCAGAGCUAUUUGUUCAUCCAUAGAUAAACUGGAUAAGACAUUUUGGGCAGAUGUGAGAGCAGAGAUGGUUGAUGAGAAAGGGCUGGAUCCUGCAGCAGCUGAUAAAAUAGAGAAAUAUGUCAAACUUAGAGGAAGAACUGAGCUGGUUGAAGAACUUCAGAAAGAUGAAAAUCUUUUGAAAAAUACAGAUGCAGUGGAAGCUCUGGAAGAAAUGAAAGUGUUGUUCAAAUACUGUGACAUUAUGAACAUCACAGACAAGGUGAAAUUUGAUCUGAGUUUAGCACGUGGUUUAGAUUACUAUACAGGCCUCAUUUAUGAAGGCAUACUCAAAGGUCCUGAGGCAUCAACGCCUGGUGAAGCCGUCAGUGUUGGCUCUGUGGCUGGUGGUGGUAGAUACGAUGGACUUGUUGGAAUGUUUGAUCCCAAAGGAAAAAAGGUACCGUGUGUGGGCGUCAGUAUUGGUAUAGAAAGAAUUUUUUCAAUUAUGGAGGCUAAAUUGCAAGCAGAAAAUGCAGUAAUCCGAACAACGGAGACACAGGUCCUUGUUGCGUCAGCACAAAAGGAUUUAUUGGAAGAGAGAAUGAAACUUUGUAAUGAAUUGUGGACAGCCGAUAUAAAGGCUGAAAUGAGUUACAAGAAAAAUCCAAAGAUUUUGAGUCAGUUACAGUAUGCUGAAGACAGUGGUAUCCCGUAUGUUGCGAUCAUUGGUGGAGAUGAAAUAGAGAAGGGAGUUGUUAAAAUAAAAGAUACAUCCACCAGAGAAGAGGUUGAAAUCCCAAGAGCAGAACUGGUCUCGGAAAUUAGGAAGAGAUCUGAAUCAAAAUAACUUGAGAAUACAAACUUUUACUGACUCUAUCCAUGCCCAAAUUAAUCGUGCUAUUAAACAUGGAACUUUAUCCGCUGUUUUUCCUACAAGAAUUUCUUAUCUAAUUGUAUCACAGAAACAAUGAAUUUGAAGUGCUCAUAUGGACUAGUGCUUGUGGCAUUGUUUGCGAUGUAAACAUCCUGAUAUGGACUAGUGCUUGUGGCAUUAUUGGCUAUCUCCAUUUCUUGCUUCAGCUUCCCUGUAAACUUGAACAAAUCAUGUUGAAGAUCUCCAUAAUGGUGUUUUAGGAGUUAUUCCUGAAAUUGAACGAUGCAUGCAGCAUUUUCUAUAAAAAACAAAACAAUGAAAAGUGUCAUAUUAAAAUGUACAAUCAAAACACUGCUGAAUUUACUACAUUUUCCAACAUUUGUGUAGCAGGUGAAAAUUUGUCUUGGACAAAAUUGUUCACAGUAUUCAGUUACAGUAUACGUUUAAUUGCUUUUCCUUGGAAUAGAAGAUUAAAUAUUGUUUUCUGUGAUGUUUUCAACCCACAUCAACAAAAUACUCAACAUUUCCAGCUCAUGCAUGUGCAAUGUAUCUUGAUUUCAGUUUACAUACAGCUGAUGUAACUACAAAUAAAAUAUUAUGCAAUGUAUCACCAA